AUGGGAUUUCGGAACAAGAAUCUUCCGGAUCACGUUUACCGUCUCAAAAAGUCUCUAUACGGUCUAAAGCAAGCGCCGAGGGCGUGGUAUCAAAAGUUCACUGACUAUGUUUUAACUUUGGGAUUUCGUCAAAGUAAAUGUGAUGCUUCCUUGUUUACGCUUCACUAUGGUCGAGACACGGCAUUUCUUCUUCUAUAUGUCGAUGACAUCUUGCUAGUUACAUCGUCUGACCAACUUCGUCACCAACUCAUGGCCCAUCUUGCUAGUGAAUUCGCAAUGAAAGAUCUCGGUCCCCUAAGUUUUUUUCUUGGUAUCGCGGUUCAGAAACACAACAACACUAUGUUCCUAUCGCAACAUGCGUAUGCACGGGACAUCAUAGACCGUGCCGGAAUGAAAUCGUGCAAUCCGGUCACAACGCCUGUUGAUAUACAUACGAAACUUAGCGCAUCCGGGGAGCCCUUUGACAAUCCGACACUUUAUCGAAGCCUCGCGGGCGCACUACAGUACCUCACGUUCACCCGCCCGGAUAUAUGUUACGCGGUUCAACAAAUAUGCAUGCACAUGCAUGCACCAACGAUGGCACAUUGGCAUGCCCUCAAAAGAAUUAUCCGGUAUAUACAGGGAACUAUUUCUUACGGUUUAACCAUUGGUUACUCUGUAGACCCGUCGUUAAUGGCGUACACUGAUGCGGAUUGGGCGGGGUUCCCGGACACACGACGUUCUACUAGUGGUUUUUGUGUGUACUAUGGGGAUAACCUGAUUUCAUGGUCAUCAAAACGUCAAGCUACAAUCUCUCGCUCUAGUGCCGAGGCUGAAUAUCGCGGCGUUGCGAAUGUAGUAGCCGAGAUUUGUUGGCUUCGAAACCUACUCUUAGAACUACAGCAACCGCUAUCUCGUGCGACACUCGUAUACUGUGAUAACGUAAGCGCCAUCUACCUAUCGGGCAAUCCCGUUCAACAUCAACGAACCAAACACGUUGAACUCGACAUUCACUUUGUCCGAGAACAAGUUCAACGUGGUCAGGUUCGUAUUCUGCAUGUGCCCUCAAGAUACCAGAUAGCUGACAUCUUCACAAAGGGUCUACCUCGGGUACUCUUCGACGACUUCCGCUCCAGUCUCGGCAUUCGGCCACCUCUCGCUUCGACUGCGGGGGUGUAA